CCCGCCGCGCUGCUCCCUCCGAGCGCCGGCUCUGCGGCCGGCGCGCCCUCUCCCGCCGCGCUGGGAGCCUUCUCGGAUGUGUUGGUCCGCUGCGAGGUGUCCCGCGUGUUGCUGCUGCUGCUGCUGCAGCCACCGCCCGCCAAGCUCCUGCCGGAGCAUGCCCACACCCUGGAGAAGUACUCCUGGGAGGCUUUCGACAGCCACGGGCAGGAGAGCGGUGGCCAGCUUCCCGAGGAGCUGUUCCUGCUGCUCCAGUCCUUGGUCAUGGCCACCCACGAAAAGGACACAGAAGCCGUCAAGUCGCUGCAAGUGGAGAUGUGGCCACUGUUGAGUGCUGAGCAGAACCACCUCCUUCACCUCGUUCUGCAAGAAGCCGUCUCCCCCUCGGGACAGGGCAUCUGAUGAAUCACCUUAAUCAAGUGACUUUUUGCUUGUGACAGAACUUCGUGCACCUCCUCUGGCGUUUGGGGCGGAGGGGGGCGGGCGGCGGAAUAAAAGACGUGAAUCCUGGCAGUUCUACCUUUGGUUAUCUUAUUCCUCUUGCCUCCGUAGGAACUUAGUUGACCGGAACUUACCUGUAUCCCAAAAACUUCUUUCCAUGACGGUGGGAGGGAAACAGCAGCAACGUGAUAGAAUCAGUGGAGGACACGGCUCUCUUCCCCAAAACUGCCCACAUACAAGUAAGAACCCCCUUUAGCCCUUACCUCUUCUUCCACCCGCUCCCCGCCCCCCACAUCUCUGUUGCAAAGUGAGGAUUUGAUUUCGCACAGCUCUGAGUACUUAAGCUGCAUGCUUUUUAUCCUGAUCUGAUUUCUUGGCAUAGAUCAGUGUCUGUCCAUGUGACCACCCAAGUUCUCCUUUGUUUCAUCCGCCCCAUACAUGUUCGUGGGAAUGAUCUGAUUACAUACACCAUUGUGGCUACAGCCCUAAGUCCAUAAUAAAGCCAUUCUGAUGCUCCUAA